AGGAAAAUCGGGAAAACACGAUAAUUAUGCGGAUUUCUUAAUAACAGGAAAGCUCUAAAGCGAUCAUAUAUGCCAUUAUUUUUAAAAAACAAUUUAUGGUUCUGAUUUUGGAUAUGUUUUAACACCCAACUUACAUUAAGGUGUUGCAUGCAAUUUUAAAAGCAGGACGAAUUGUUUACAAGUGGAUAAGUCGCACUAAAUAUCAUAGACCUAUUUUUGUCAUCGGUCGAACAUUGUCGUUAUCGGCAGAACAUUGUCGUUAUCAAACCGAAUAUUUUCCUUAUCAAAACAAACAUCAUCGUCUCUUAAGAUUUAUUAAGCUACGCCAGGGCGACAUAUAUUGCUAAGGUAGAAUCCCAGAAUCUUUGAUAAUGUAAAAACAUUAUUUUGAUCGGUUCAUGUUCUUAGAAAAAUUUUAUUUUUUGUGAUCAACAAUAAAAAAUAUUGUCUGUAUUUUCAACUUUUGGAGAAGCUAUUGUACGAUAAAGAUAGAGGAAAAAGAUAUUUCUGAGCGAUUCAUGUAUCUAUAUUUAGAGCAAUAAUAUAUGCAGUAAUACUUUCCUUUUAACAGGGAAAAGAUAUUGAAAAACUAAUUUUUCUAUCCGUCACGGAAUAUUGUUACAAAUAAAAACUGUAUCCAAUCCUAUUUGACUAAUCACUGUGGUUUUCUUAAUUUCUUUUUUGCACUGUCAUUUCUUUCCUGACAAUUUCGUAUUUGCUAUAAAAGCCCUUGCACAGAAACAAAGGAUUCACUUGAGCUGUAUGUAACUGUGGUACUUGUAACUUUUCACACAACAGCUUUGUCAGCCAUUAUGAAGAGCGUAUUUAUUAUUGGGAUUGUUUGCUUCUUGCUUAUCUCAGCUUUCGCUGAACCUAUACCGGAAAGCGAAAAGUACUAUGAAAAAAGUGGAAAUAGCACAGGAUCUCAUGAUUGGUCAGAUUCUGAACCAGAGGGAGAAACGAAGGCUGAGCCCGAAGUUGAACCUGAAGUUGUGUAUGGUGUCCUAGGCGCAUUGCUUGCCUGCUUCGUUAUUGUGUCUAUCCUGUUUUUCUUACUGUGGAGACAAGCCAAAAGCAUGGUUGAACAAACGGGGGCCAAUAAAUUGCCAUCAAAGGCUUAUCCAAUGGCUUAAUGCUCUACACAAUUCCACCGGACGGAGCCUGGAUAUUUAACCAUUUUUUUCUAAUUAUUAUUGCAUGUAAAUAUGUAACAAAAAAUAAAGUUCAAAAUUCAUUCAUACGUACUUUGUUUUUCUUAACCCUGUGCGAAGCUGAAAUAUCAAGAACAAAAAAGGAACAGCUAAAUUUUCAUGUUAUCAAUAUCUUCGAGUGUAAAACUUUAC